UGGGCAGCCUCGUCAUGGUCUUUGCCACCUUUGUGACUUUGUGCAAUGCCCAGUGCUAUGUCAUACUCGCUGAGAAAAUUCCAGGCGAAUCAGCCACUGAAUGCAAGGAUAUCAAUGGAGUUACUCACCAGCUAAACUCAGAGUGGAAGACUGAGAACUGUGAGGCAUGUUCUUGCGGAGAAGAUGGAAUUCAGUGUUGCAACACUGCUCGUAUACCUGUGGGCUAUAAUACCAUCAAGUGCAAGAGAAUCCUCAACAAGGAGACCUGCAGCUAUACUGUGGUGGAGCGGGAAAACCCAGAAAAGAGCUGUUUCGUCAAUAUGUGGAUAAUGUAACAUGCAUCUGGGGGGCCCAGGACUCCCACUUUGAGAGAGCAGAGGCCCUCUCAGGCUGGUCAUCAUUCUCUUGUGGCAUCCAAAAGACUAGGAUUGUGCAGCCCUAUCUAUCAAUAAAAAAGAUUUUUUGAGCAAACACUUGCCUAUGUGUAUACUUUUGAUUCAUAAAUUAUAUAUAAAAUAAUAUA